AUGUUAAGUAUCAAACUUUUCUGUCUUGUUUUAGGUGACCCUAUUGAACAUGCCUUUGCAGUCGAGAUUAGUAAAGAUGAGACAAUUAGCGAGCUUAAAGAGAUUAUCAAAAUGAAAAAAAAGAAUGCAUUCACUAAUAUAGAUGCCAAUGAACUUAUCCUCUGGAAAGUGAAUGUUUCUCUUGACAAAUUGAACGAUACUAUCUUCAAAGAUGACACUGAUAUCAAAAAAGUUCUGAAUGGAGAGAAGUUGCUUCCAAUGUACAAAAUUGGAAAAGCGUUCUCUAAUGAGCCUGUUGAUGAACACGUUCAUUUAAUUAUUCAGCAUAAGUAUUCUGUUCCAUCAACCUCUAUUGUUGAGAGGAUUAAUGAACUUGAGAAAACUUUAAAAUUAAUGCGGUCCAGCUUGGUUGUCGAUAAUCUCCAUGCUGAUGUGAUUAGUACCAAAUUCAUCAGGAUUUCCGAUUCAGAGCAAGUUGAACGCUGGCAGAUCGCAUAUGAGAGUUCGGCGGCUUUGUGUUUUCGUGAUCGUUAUGGUGAAGGUGAUAAAAGAUAUGCCAUCACUCGAAUCCUUGGAUCAAAUUCUGACCACAUCACCCUUAGGAUAAUUGAAUCUGCCCAAGAUUCUAAUAACUUUAAAAGUUCCGUAAAAAUCCCGUUCUAUUCAAUUGUACCUUUGAAAAUAAAUCCGAUUCUAACGCCUAUAAACAACAUAACAGGCGACAAUAGAAGACCAAAGAUAACGCUACCACCUCUAGAGGAGGAAGAAGAAACCUUUGGAAAUAUAGAACAAGAAGGACAAGGAAGUAGACAAAGAGAAUAUCUAAGAGAAUAUCAAAGAACAAACGAAACAUUGAAUACUGGACGAUUAUACAGUAAAUGCGAUCCUCAUUCAAUACAAUCGCACAAGAAUUAA